UGAGUUCCUAACGGAUUUUCUGCUUUUCCUCCCUCGGGCUCUUCUGGACCAACUCUCUUUGGCCUCCUGUCCUUCCUCCUUCCCAUCAGCCUCCCUUCCCCCUCCACCUCAAGUCUUCGUGGGCUUCCUUCACCGAAGCCGAAAAAGCAUUCAUUCAGAGAGCUGAACAGUGCACCCCCAGUUGUAAAUCCAAUUUACAAUGGGUCGUGAUGAAAAAUAUUUGCAAAUGACAGCAGUUCCUCCAGGUCUUUGCCAGAUCGUACUGUCAAAUCCACUGCUUCCCCCACUUACCGUAGGAGCGGAAUGGGAAGGUUCUACAUGGGAUGUUACUGCUUGAUUUUAAAAAUGACUAAUGGGAAACUGAAGUUUGGGUGGCAUUUUCAGUUUACCUGCAUAUUUUAUUAGUACCGUAAUUUGGAAUGUGUUUUUUUUUUUUUUUUCUGUUUGGAAAAUGUGCUCACUUUACAGACUGUGGUAACACAUUUGUUACGUAAGCUUUACAGUGUACUUCUGCAAUUUGGAACAAACUGCAGUAGGUAUGUAGCUAGUCACCCUUUUGUCCAUGGUGAGUCCCUCUGGGCACCUUCAUUCUUCUUCUCCCCCGGACAUUUUGCUGCCAUUGCAGCUGUAUUGAGGAGAAAUUGUCUUCACUCCUGCCUUCACACCCUUGAACUCCGGGGCCUGUCACCUUGCACUUCUUGUUUGGAAGGGUGAAAGUUGGAGGUGGCGAGCGAGUAGAUAUGGGAUUUGGCUGACCCAGAGGGAAAAGGGUUCUUGGACAAACAGGGUUUCUAUGUUGCACUGAGACUAGUAGCUUGUGCACAGAAUGGCCAUGAGGUUAACUUGAGCAGUCUAAACUUGAAUAUGCCACCUCCUAAAUUUCAUGACACUAGCAGUCCUUUAUUGAUUACACCACCUUCAGCUGAUGCCCACUGGGCUGUUAGGGUGGAAGAAAAAGCAAAAUUUGAUGGUAUAUUUGAAAGCCUUUUACCUAUAAGUGGUUUACUCUCCGGAGAUAAAGUGAAACCAGUACUGAUGAACUCAAAACUACCUCUUGAUAUCCUGGGAAGGGUUUGGGACCUCAGUGAUAUCGACAAAGAUGGACAUUUGGACAAAGAUGAAUUUGCUGUGGCAAUGCAUUUAGUCUAUCGAGCUCUUGAGAAAGAGCCAGUACCAUCUGUACUACCCCCAGCACUUAUACCACCUUCCAAAAGAAAGAAAGCUGUUUUUCCUGGUGCGGUUGCCGUUCUUCCUGCAAGCCCUCCACCUAAAGAUAGCCUUCGUUCAACUCCCUCCCAUGGUAGUGUAAACAGCCUGAACAGUACAGGAAGUUUAUCUCCUAAACAUAGUAUAAAACAAGUGCAGCCAACUGUGAAUUGGGUGGUGCCAAUAUCCGAUAAGGUACGUUAUGAUGAAAUUUUCUUGAAGACUGAUUUGGACAUGGAUGGCUACGUGAGCGGCCAGGAAGUGAAAGAAAUUUUUAUGCAUUCAGGCCUUUCCCAGAGUCUCUUAGCACAUAUAUGGGCCCUGGCAGAUACGCGGCAGAUGGGGAAGUUAAGCAAGGACCAGUUUGCGCUGGCUAUGUAUUUUAUUCAGCAGAAGGUCAGUAAAGGAAUCGAUCCUCCCCAAGUUUUGUCACCGGACAUGAUCCCACCCGCAGAGAGGAGUGUUCCUAUUCAGGAUAGUUCAACUUCUGUUGCAUCAGGGGAAUUUACAGGGGUGAAAGAACUUGAUGAUAUCAGUCAAGAGAUUGCUCAAUUGCAGAGAGAAAAAUACUCAUUGGAACAAGACAUCAGAGAAAAGGAGGACGCAAUUAGGCAAAAAACUAAUGAAGUUCAGGAACUGCAAAACGAUCUAGAUAGAGAAACCAGUAAUCUACAAGAAUUAGAAACACAAAAACAAGAUGCUCAAGAUCGCCUAGAUGAAAUGGAUCAACAAAAGGCCAAACUCAAAGAUAUGUUGAGUGAUGUAAGACAGAAAUGCCAGGAAGAAACUCAAAUGAUAUCAUCACUGAAAGCAAGGAUUCAGUCUCAAGAGUCAGAUUUAAAAUCACAGGAAGAUGAUCUUAAUAGAGCUAAAAUUGAAUUGAACCGUCUUCAGCAAGAAGAAACACAGUUAGAGCAGAGUAUCCAAGCCGGAAAAGUGCAGCUUGAGACCAUAAUUAAAUCUUUGAAAUCGACCCAAGAAGAAAUUAUUCAGGCCAGAAGUAAGCUUUCUCACCUUCAAGAAAGUCAACAGGAAGUCAAUAGAAGUCUUGAACGUUAUAAUGAAGUACUGAACGGGAUUCAUAGUGACAACAUGAUGAACUUAGAUAUAAAUGAAGGAGUCAUACAGAAAGAAAAAGUCAGUUUUGGAGCUAUGGAUGAUCCAUUCAAGAAUAAGGCUUUGUUGUUCAGCAACAAUACACAAGAGUUGCAGACAGACCCAUUCCAGUCUGAAGAUCCUUUUAAGUCAGACCCAUUUAAAGGAGCCGAUCCGUUCAAAGGAAGUGACCCAUUCCAGAACGACCCAUUUGCCGAACAACACGCAACUACUACUACUGCAGAUCCUUUUGGAGGGGACCCUUUCAAAGAAACUGACCCAUUUCGGAGCCCUGCUACUGAUGAUUUUUUUAAGAAGCAAGUAAAGAGUGAUCCGUUUACCUCAGAUCCAUUCACCAAAACCCCUUCCCUGGCUCUAAAGCCUGACCCCUUUGAAACCAGUGACCCCUUUUCAUCUUCAAGUAUCUCUUCAAAAGGAUCAGAUCCCUUUGGAACUUUAGACCCUUUUGGAAGUGGUGCUUUCAGUAGCAGUGAGGGCUUUGCAGACUUCAGCCAGAUGUCAAAGCCCACAGCUUCGGACCCUUUCACCUCUUUUGGGGGGGCAGGAUUCUCAGAUGACCCGUUUAAAAGUAAACAGGACACCCCUGCUCUACCACCCAAGAAAAAUGUUCCUCCACGACCCAAGCCUCCUAGUGGUAAAAGUACACCCGUAAGCCACCUUGGGUCUGCAGAUUUUACCAAGGCCCAUGAUCCGUUUCAGCCAUUUGGGGCCGACAGCAGUGACCCUUUUCAAAGUAAAAAGGGGUUUGGGGAUCCAUUUAGUGGAAAAGAUCCUUUUGCUUCUUCGUCUCAAACUACUAAAGACUCUUCCUUGGGGUUUGCAGACUUCAGCUCUUUUGGAAAUGAGGAGCAGCAGCUGGCGUGGGCAAAACGAGAAAGUGAGAAAGCAGAGCAGGAGAGGCUAGCUCGAUUGAGAAGACAAGAACAGGAAGACCUUGAAUUGGCUAUUGCACUCAGUAAGGCUGAUAUGCCAAACUCUUAAAUAUAGGUCUUGGGUGUCCAUACGAUCAAGGCUAAACCCUAUUUUAAAAAAAAGAAAAAAAAUUAAAUAUGAAUACAAAAUUCCUGUUUUAUGUUGUGAAGUAAUUCCAGCCACUUUUAAGUCACAGACCAUUGAGAUUGGCCGGGAUACCAACUGGGCUCUGGGCUUAUCGAGUACGUGAUGCACAGGAAAUGCACUGUAAAAACUGUAUUAUACCUUCUAGAUUAAGGUUACUUGCUUGUAAGAAAUUUAACAUAUGACCCUAAGGUACUGAGCAAAGUUUCUUUCUAAUGUGGGCGAUGUAACAUAUGCUGCUGUUUGUGAAUCCAGCCUUUUGUGUGAACUCCAUUGUCAUUUUUGAGGCUGAGCUCUGAACAGUACAAUUCUAGAGGAUUUCUUCUUAAAACAUAAAAAGUUUAUAGAAUGAGGAUAUUAAACUAAAAAGGAAUUGUUCUCAUAAUGUUACAAUCUCUUUACUCAGAGGAUACAAAUGAGUUGUAAAGCCUCCUGCGGUGAAGACAAGUUCUCUCUCUGAUGUUUCUUUUCUAUCAUCGAGAUUGGAUUUGUCUUACAAUAUAGAAAACCCUGAUUAAGUAUGCAUUAGCUGUAUAAAAAAAUUUGAAUGGUUAAUAUAAAAUAUUUUGAAUACAGAAUAUAAGAUUGUUUUUCUUAUUUAAACAUUGCUUUUAUUUGCUUAAAAAGUUAAUAUUCGAGCCAGGUCGAGUAGAAAAGGGUGACCCUGACGCAGUGACCGAACAGACAUAUAGUUGGAAUCCCCGUUUAAAUCAUGAUGUUUGAAAGAUCUUGAGUCCUCGGAGGAUGCCAAUUCCUUCAGGGUGCACUCCUGUAAUUUCAAAAAUUGGAAAGGAGUCUUCGAUUGUAACUUUGUUCAGGAGCUGUAAUCGCGGUGUCACUCCAAUGAGUAGAAAUACAGUCUAGUUCGGUGUUCUACAGCUAAUAGGCACUGUCAUCCUGAGCCUAUUGACUUCAAGCCAAGUGAGGUCUUGUGAGAAAGCUGCUCCAGGGAACCUGUAGCCUCACCAGGGCCACCUGCAAUAUCACGUUCUUCAGAAAGCAAGGCAAUUCUCCUAAGUGGGCAAUUAGUGCACACCCCAAAUUCUCUAGAGAAUUUGGUGGUGUUGGCAUGGCUUGUUAGCCUCUUACCUCAUGAGUUUCUAUGCAUAUGCUUUUCAGAGUAUUCCCUCUCUGUUUCCCCCAUUUAUUGUGUAGGUCAGACAAGUCUGUAUUUGUAACUAGCAUAUAUUUAGGCUUUUUUAAUCUGCUUACACCAUUGUUUGUAUAAAGCUCUCAAUGUUAAUUGAAACAUUUCUGGCCCCCUAGUACUUCAAAAAUCCAACAUUGUCCUGAUAGGAUGAGAUAACCACAAGGUGUAGAGUCUUUUAUCUUCUACAGAACAAGGUAAUGGGCAAAUUGAGUAGGGAAGGGGGUGAUGGAAUGGUCGUAUAUGUGUUCUAUGGGUCCCAGCUUCAAAAAUUAGACCCACGAGCAUUAUUCAUUCAAUUCAUUCGAUCGUGUUUCUCGAAAGCUUACCGUGUGCAAAGCUCUGUAUUAAGCGCUUGAAUGAUUCCUUUUUAGAAUCUUCCUUUGUUGGAAAAGUUUAGGACUCUUGAAACAUUAUUUGCUUGUUUCUCUAAACAUCAGGUUUGAGGAGAAUUAUUCAGUCUUUCCACCACCUGGAUCUGUGUCAUCUUCCCGAACCUGUUUUCACUUUCUGUGUAUCCCAGAGUCAUUUCUGUUUUUCCUGUAGCAAUCAGUGGUGCCUACUUAGCCAUUCAAACUGGUCUCUUAAUUUUGGCUGCCUCCUUAAGGUGCUUUUUCUCCCAAGAAAAAGCAUUCCAGAUUUAUUGUUCUGAAAAAAAAUUCAGACCAAGGAUUUCGGUUACACAUUCUUAUUGAGGAACAAUAGCAUACUAUUAGAAAUGUACCAUAAGUUUAGAUUUACCGUAGAUUUAAGUGCACACGAAUUUUGAACAGGAUUCGCUAAAUGCUCCUUUUCAAGAGGUACUAGCCACCGUGCAAUAGUAGAAGUAAUAUGCGUUGACAGGAAAGGGAGAAGAGGUUCCUUGAGAGAAAUACAGUGGUUCUAGCAUUUGACUCUGGUGAUGAUAAUAAGCUGCUAGGAUAGUGAAGGUAGUAACCCCGUAGUGAAUGCAGGAGGUUGGACAAGAAGACUCUUGAGGCCCCCUCCGAAUCCUGAUCUAAGCUUCCGUAACAAGGUUUUUAUCAGAUUUAUCUAACCGAGUGGUCAGAUUCAAUUCCUUCCUAAAGCUUCAGGGGAGUCUCCUGAGCGUCUUCCAUCAUAACAGAAAGUUCAGGCUGAAUAGUUAGUCAUUCAUUCAUUCAUUCAUUCAUUCAAUCGUAUUUAUUGAGCGCUUACUGUGUGCAGAGCACUGUACUAAGCGCUUAAUCUCAAUCAUGAGUUCACACCAUGAAAAUGGUACUUCUCUGCGGCAUGUACAGGUCAGUGUGCAUUUGAUGGAGCAGGUCAGAAACUCCUUUGAACACUGGGCAUAGGUUUUCUCGGUCUUCAGUCAAGCGAUAGUAUUUUUUGCCCUCUUCCAAUGCUCCUUUGAACACUGGGCAUAGGUUUUCUCAGUCUUCAGUCAAGCGAUAGUAUUUUUUGCCCUCUUCCAAUGUGCAGAGCACUGUACUAAACUCCUGGGAGAGCACAGUAGAGAUAGAAAACACAGUCACUGUCCACAGGGAGCUUACAGUCUAAUGGUUCACCAUCUCGUCAGAAAGAAGGUUUUGUUUGUGUUCAAAUAGCCUCUUUCUCCUUGCAUUGCAAUUUUAGUUUUUGCAAUUUCAGGGUUUCGGACUUUUACUUGUCAAAUCAUUUUUCCUAUGUCCCCCAGUUUGCUUACGCCAUACUUCCCGAAGAAGAAGUAGUGAAGGAGAGAGUGCAUAUUUGCAAUCUUAUAGGUUUUCUCUCCUUUGUUUUCCAGUCACUUUGACUCAUCACCUUUCCACCUGCCUUGUAUAGCAGAAAAAACUCAUGCUUUUUUCAGAGAAACAUGUGAGCUGUUAUGGUCUUCAGAUUGGGAUAAAAUGGUCAAAUAACCAGCCGAUUGCUUGUGGCUUUGUGACUUCAUGAGGUCUUCAUCUCCUUUGACAAUGAAAGGUUUUUGCAGUCCCGCUAUCUUUUUCCUCUACCCUCUAACAAGUUAUUUCAUCUGUACUCAGCCUUGUUGCUGCAAGAUCAACCGAUCUUCCUCCGGUCCACAAUGCUCCCCUGUUGACCAUCAUUUAGAGGUACACUAUCUCUGAUUUAUCUCUGCAGUCUUUCCAGAUGAGAGCGUAUUUCUGCAAUGCAUCUGGCUUCUGGAACAAAUGUCACAAGGUUGCAUAUCCGUGUAUAUUACCCAAAAAGAGGACGAAUUGUCUGCAACUCCCCUUUGAUAAUUAAAUAGCAUCUUCAAAGACAGUUUUGAAAGGGCAUUCUAGUCCUGGAACAGUUGUGGAAAACUAUUUUUAAAACUAUAGAGGAAGUGUGUGUGUGUGUGUGUGUGUGUGUGUGUGUGUGUGUGUGUGUGUGUGGAGGGGAGAGGGGGGAACAAAGAACCUCGCUCUAAAAUAAAGGAAUAAAUAUUUCUGCCGCUUUGUCUAAUCCUGAUUAGGGUUAUCAGUUUAAACCGCAUAAACUUAAGGCUGCCAAAAAGGUGCAAAUUCGUAACAAGGAGCUAAGUACUUUUUCAAACUUAGGGAAGCCAGGAAAGUGGAAGAGUUUCAUAUAAGCGGGCAUUAGAAGUAGAUCCCAACAACCUGCUUCAAAAGGUUGCGUCUUUGCCAAAGUGCGAUAGCCAAUUAAUAGUUGAAGGAUAAACUGAUUGGCAUAGAGCAGAGUUCCGGGAAGACAUGAGUUUAAUAAACAGACUCACAACCUCACAAAACAUAUUUUAGAUUCAUUCUUUCCAGGGAUAUAGCUUCUGUGUGAUUAUUUUUUGUAGUUUUUAGCUUUUCUUUUUGCUCCAAACAAGCUUACAAAAGUCUCCAUUCUGAAUAUGAAAGGGAUGGCCAUAAUCAAGAUUUUUUACAAUUCUUCUUCUGCAAACAUUUCUUAAAAGAAAUGAGAAUCCACCUUUCAUGAAGGAUUCACUAGAUUUCAAAAGAAGAAAGUGGGGCUAUAGGUCCCAUUUUUCCUGUUGGCCUCUGGAUUUGGGAAUCACAGUUUAAUAAUAAAAAAUUAUUAUUCUGGUAUGUAUUAAACCUUUACUGAGUGCCAAGCACUGUACCAAGC